CUUGCAGUGGCAAAAUGUGAAGUCAGAGAUGAACAUUAUUCAGCUGGAAUUCCCACUCACUGAAGAGCCUAUCCUGGGGAACUACAAAAUUAUUGUAUCAAAGAAGUCAGGAGAUAGAACAAACCACUCAUUCCAUGUGGAGGAAUAUGUGCUGCCCAAGUUUGAUGUCACAGUCACGGCACCAGAAAGCCUCACAGUCCUGGAUUCGGAGUUCACAGUGAAAGUCUGCGGGUUGUACACCUAUGGCCAGCCUAUUGAAGGGAAAGUCAAGCUCAGUGUGUGCAGGGAUUUUGAUUCAUAUGGGAGGUGCAAGAAAAGCCCAGUUUGUCAAUCAUUUACCAAAAAUCUGGAGACAGAUGGUUGCCUCUCCCACGUCUUCAGCUCCAACAUCUUUGAGUUACAUCGCACUGGUUACAUGAGGAACCUUGACGUGAAAGCCACUGUGACAGAGAAAGGAACAGGCCUGCAAUUUACAGCUGCUGAGGUUAUUUCCAUAACUCGGGUGGUGAGCACCAUACAGUUUGAGAACAUGGAUCGCCACUUCAGAAGAGGAAUUCCUUACUUUGGACAGAUCAAGCUGGUUGACAAAGACAACUCUCCAAUUUCCAAUGAGGUCAUUCAGCUAUAUGUCAAUAACAGGAAUACAGACAACUUCACCACGGAUCAUAAUGGUGUUGCUCAGUUUAGCAUUGACACAUCCGAAAUGCUUGAUCCCGAGAUCAGUCUGAAAGCAGUUUAUAAAACCAGUGACCACUGCCACUAUGAAGGCUGGAUAGAGCCCUACUACCCAGAAGCGUCUCUCUCCGUCGAGCGCUUCUACUCUUGGACUGGCAGUUUUGUGAGGAUUGAGCCCGUGUGGAAACACCUGAAAUGUGGGCAGAAGAGGGUGAUCACUGUGCACUAUGUCCUAAACACAGAAGGAUACAAGAGAAUCAACACCAUGAACUUCUACUAUGUGGGCAUGGCAAAAGGCAAGAUUGUCCUUACCGGGGAAAUUAAAGUUAAUAUCCAAGCUGGCCAGAAUGGCACUUUCACCAUUCCCCUUGUGGUCAGUGAGAAAAUGGCUCCAGCCCUUCGGUUGCUGGUGUACACCUUACACCCUGACAAGGAGCUGGUGGCAGACAGUGUUCAACUGCCAGUUGAGAAGUGUUUCAAACACAAGGUCCACUUGGAAUUCUCUGAAAAGCAGCUGCACCCAGCUUCCAAUGUCAGUCUGGUCAUUGAAGCUGCUGCCAACUCCUUCUGUGCUGUGAGGGCAGUGGAUCAGAGUGUGCUGCUCCUGAGGCCAGAGAAAGAGCUGUCCAUGGAAAUGGUUUACAGCCUGCAUCCCCUACAAGACUUUCAAGGCUACAUCUUCCAUGGGUUCAAUCUAGAAGAAGACUCCAAAGAGCCCUGUGUCUCAUCUGACCACAUCUUUCACAAAGGCUUGUAUUACACACCUGUAAUGUCUGGAUUAGGCCCAGAUGUGUAUCAAUUCCUCAGGGAUAUGGGAAUUAAAUUUUUUACCAACUCGAAGGUUCGACAGCCAGUUGUGUGCACUGGUGAGACUGUAAGGCGCCAACCAUACGUAGUGAAUGCAGGGCAUGUGGCUUCUGCACAUCACAUCAAAUCAUCAGCUGAAGCUGCUAGGGAGGAACGAGAGAGGGCACUCAUCCUUGAGACUAUUCGGGAAUUCUUUCCUGAAGCUUGGAUUUGGGAUAUAGUUCCAAUUAACUCCACUGGAAAAGCCAGCAUCUCAUACACCAUCCCCGACACCAUCACCAAAUGGAAAGCCAGCGCUUUCUGUGUGGAAGGGGUGGCUGGAUUUGGCAUGUCUGUGCCUGCCACCCUGACAGCCUUGCAGCCCUUCUUUGUUGACUUGACCUUGCCAUACUCCAUCAUACGAGGAGAGGAUUUCCUGCUUAGAGCCACUGUCUUCAACUACCUUGACCACUGCAUCAAGAUUAGUGUCUCACUGUCAGAUUCCCUUGAUUAUCAAGCCAAACUCAUCUCCUCAGAGGAUGAUGGAUGUGUAUGUGCCAAGCAAAGAAAGACCUAUGUUUGGAAUAUUUUCCCAAAAGCAAUUGGUAAUGUGGUGUUCAGCAUUACUGCAGAGACCAAGGAUGAUGAAGCUUGUGGAGACAAAGCUCCCAGAAACAUCAGUAUUGCCUACAGGGACACCCAGAUCAGAACACUGCUGGUUGAGCCUGAAGGACUCAGAAGGGAAGAGACUCAAAACUCCUUAAUUUGUACAGAAGAUGAUGCAGUUAUUCAAGACAUAUCUCUAGAGCUACCUACAAAUGUUUUGGAAGGAUCAGCCAGAGCCUCCUUUUCUGUUGUUGGUGACAUCAUGGGCACUGCCAUGCAGAACCUGCACCAGCUCCUCCAGAUGCCCUUUGGCUGUGGGGAGCAGAACAUGGCCCUCUUUGCACCCAACAUCUACGUCCUGGACUAUCUGAACAAGACAGGGCAGCUGAGCAGGGAGGUCAGAUCCAAGGCCACUGGAUACUUAGUGAGCGGCUACCAGAAGCAGCUGUCAUACAAACAUCCUGAUGGGUCCUACAGCAUCUUUGGCACCAGAGAUAGGGAAGGGAACACUUGGCUCACUGCCUUUGUGUACAGAUCAUUUGCACAAGCUGGUCGCUUCAUCUACAUUGAUGACCGUGUCCAGUCUCAAACCCUGCUGUGGCUGUCCAGCAAACAGAAGCUAGAUGGAUGUUUCCGGAGUGUUGGCACACUCUUCAACAAUGCCUUGAAGGGAGGAGUAGAUGACGAGCUGUCGCUUUCUGCCUACACCACCAUUGCCAUGCUGGAAGCUGGGCACUUCAGCUCGUACCCUGUAAUCCGAAAUGCCUUUUUUUGUCUGGAGACUGCGUCUGAGAAGAAUAUCAGUGAAGUUUACACCCAGGCACUCAUGGCCUAUGCUUUCUGCUUAGCUGGCAAGGCAGAAAAAUGUGAAUCAUUCCUUGAAGAGUUACAGAAAUCAGCAAAGGAAGUUGAUGGCUCACAGCACUGGGAGCAGGAGCAGAGGUCUCCAUCAGACAAAUCUCCCUCCUUCCUUGACCAUGCCCCUUCGGCUGAUGUUGAGAUCACCAGUUACGUGUUGUUGGCAUUGCUCCACAAACCCAACCGGAAUAAAGAGGAUCUCACCAAGGCCUCAGGGAUUGUGCAGUGGAUCAUCAGGCAGCAGAAUCCCUAUGGAGGUUUCUCUUCUACCCAGGACACAGUCAUUGCCCUUCAAGCACUUGCUGCUUAUGGUGAGGCCACCUACAGCUCUGCUUCACAAAACAGAGUCAAGAUCACUUCCAAAAAGCCUUUUGAGAGGGUAUUUUUUGUCAACAAUGAGAACAGGCUCCUGGUGCAACAGACUCGCCUUCCAGAGGUCCCUGGGAAAUACAGCCUGACAAUGAACGGCAGUGGAUGUGUAUUUAUGCAAACAGCAUUGAGAUACAACAUUCACCUUCCAGAGGGGUCCUCUGGAUUUCUGCUUUCAGUACAGACAUCAAAUGCUUCCUGCCCACAGGACAGACCAGCAAAAUUUGAUAUUGUCCUCGUAAGCAGCUACACGGGGAAACGCAGCAGCUCCAACAUGCUCAUCAUUGAUGUGAAGAUGCUCUCUGGCUUUGUUCCUGUUAAGUCAUCCCUGGAUAAGCUCAUUGGCAGUCGAACAGUGAUGCAAGUAGAAAACAAGAAAAAUCACCUCCUCCUUUAUCUGCAAAAUCUCUCACAGAAGAAAAGGAAGGAAAUCACUUUCUCAGUUGAGCAGGACUUUGUAGUGACCCACCCCAAGCCAGCACCUGUGCAGAUCUACGACUACUAUGAAACAGAAGAGUAUGCUGUUGCUCAAUACUCAUCACCUUGCAAAGAGGUUGUUGCAGAAACGAACUGUGGAUUCAAAAAGGAGCACCAUAAAUGUUGAACAAGUGGUCAAGAAUCCUAUUUUCUUCUGUCGUGAAGUCCUGGAAAAAGCCAUUGCAUCACAGUGGGACUUCGUGACGUUGAUUGAGCUAGUGUCUGACUCUGUUUCCUUUCACAGCACAUCUCUCCAGCUCUGUAGCAUAAUCAUGUAUAUCUUUCCAUCAAUAAACCUCCCUUUUACACUGGG